UUUCUUACGCGAUUUCCCAAUUUGAGUGUUCUAAUCAGAUUCGUUUCCUGACAAGCACAAGAAAUUAAGCAAUAGGAAAAAGGGCAAGGAGGUUUAUUUUUUGAAAAGAAAACGGAAAAGGCCGAGAAGAAAAGUAGGAAAUUCAAUUUCCGCGAAAGUCCAAGCGAUUCGUAUAACUUUCUUCAUCUCUAGCAUCCCAAAGGUUCCGUUUAUGAUCAUCGCUUGAAUCGAUAUCACAUCUCACUUUCUACGGCCCCUUGCAAAAUAAAAAGAAAAAACCUUUUAAUCCUUUCCACUCCCUUAUUAUCGAUUUAUCUGACUCGCACCAAAAAAAGAAAAAAAAAUGCUUCACAGGAGCUUCAAGCCGGCCAAAUGCAAGAUAGCUUUAAAGCUAGCGAUACCGCGAAUAAAGCUAAUGAAGAACAAGAGAGAAGCACAGGUGAAGCAGUUAAAGAGGGACUUGGCUCAAUUACUGGAGUCAGGGCAGGAUCAGACGGCCAGAAUUCGGGUUGAGCAUGUGGUUAGGGAAGAAAAGACUGUGGCAGCAUAUAAUCUUCUUGAGAUAUACUGUGAACUUAUGGUGGCACGUAUGCCGAUCAUUGAAGCCCAAAAAAACUGCCCCAUUGACUUGAAGGAAGCAAUUUCAAGUGUCAUAUUUGCAUCUGCGAGGUGUGAAGAGAUACCAGAACUCAAGGAUGUCUCCAAACAUUUUACAGCAAAAUAUGGAAAAGAAUUCACUUCUGCUGCACUUGAACUGCGUCCUAAUUGUGGUGUUGGUCGUAUGUUGGUUGAGAAAUUAUCUGCGAAAGCACCUGAUGGUCCAACCAAACUAAAAAUUUUGACUGCAAUUGCUGUGGAGCACAACAUCAAAUGGGACCCUGAAUCAUUUGGAGCAAAAGAAUCAAAGCCUUAUGAUGACUUGCUGAAUGGACCUAAUACUUUCACAGAGGCCUCCAAAACUUUGGCAGAUUCUCCUAAUGCCCAAGCUUCACUCAGUCACUAUGAGCAGAGACUUCCAGGUGUUCAAGUUCCUCAUUAUGAUAAGGGACCUCCUAAUGUUCAAGCUCCACAACACAUUGAAAAAAAUGAUGCGCCUGCAAGCUUCUAUGAGCACAGCUCGAUAUCAUCUUCUCAUCCUAAGAAUUUUCAGUAUUCAAAUAGUAGAGCUGAUAAGUCAAUGUCCUCUGGAAUUUAUCCUCCAAAUUCAAAACCUGAUGGAACUAAAAAUCAAGGGAUUGAAUUUAGGAAUUCAUAUUCUGGGAAUGAGCAUACUUUCUCUUCACCUAGGCAGCAUUGGAAUAUGGAAUUCAGGGAUGCUACUGCUGCUGCCCAGGCAGCUGCAGAAUCUGCAGAGAGAGCAAGUAUGGCGGCCCGAGCUGCUGCUGAACUUUCAAGCCGCGGAAAUAUGUCCCACCAGUAUUCAACAGAAUCACACAUAUCAUCUGCUCAGGGUAUGAAAGAUGGGGAGCAAAAGUAUGCUGGCUUAGCAUCUCAAAAUGAACAUCUUGCUGGACAUCCAGUUGAUAUUUCCCUUCAUGGAAGGAAUUCUAGGAAUUAUGAACAAACCGACAGCAAUGAACAACAUAGCUGGGCAGAGGAGGCUGAAAAUGUUUAUAGUAACAUUGUGAGGAGCGGUGAUAAAUCUACUCAAGGUUCCUUUAAGUCGACUGCAGCUUCCUUCAAUGAAAAACCAUCAGUGAAUAAUCAAACUGCAGAUGCAUAUUCUCAAAGAAACUCAUCUGAAGGCAGGCGGAUGGAGCAUUUUGCUGAAUUGAGUAUGAAGAGAAACUCAGGCGAAAAUGGGAUGCAAUUUGUGAAUGAACUGCAUGAUAUUAAGAAUCCUCAGAGUGUUGAUUAUUAUGAAGUCAGGGUCAGGGAACAAUCAAGCACUUCUUCUUCUCUUUCUCAAUCAAACACUUCUACUGAUGAUCAUGAUGUUGUCCGUAAUUUAAAUUGGCAGAAGUCAGAAAAUUUUAAGGGAAACUCAGGCGAAACCGGGGCACAAUUUGUGAAUGAAUUGCAUGAUACAAAGAAUUCAGAGAAUGCUGAUUAUCAUGAAGUAAGGAUCAGAAAGCAAUCAAGCUAUUCUUCGUCUCAUUCUCGUUCAAGUACCUUUUCUGAUGAUGAUGAUGUUUUAUCCAAUUCAAACUGUCAGAAGUCAGGAAAUAAUUCUGGUGAUGAUUCUUUUCUUCUCAAUGAUAAAGGAAGCGUUCAAAGAAGCACAAAAGAAACAACAGAUUCUUAUGACAAUGCCUCAGCAGUUUUUGAUGAUUAUGGAUCAGAUAAUGAUGGAUGUAAUUUUGAUUUGGAGGAAGAGCAUAAGGUACGUGAAUACAGUAUGAACUUUUCAUCUCCUGGUCAAAGAUCACCUACUCAUCCAUUUACAAGUAUAAAUUCUUGGAGCAUUGAGCAGAAUGUUGAGUCAUCUGCAAAGCCCAUUUCACAGUCGCAUAUUUUUUCAGAGCAGCAGUCUACUCCUGUCUUCUUUGAAAGUUCAACUAGCUCUGCAGUUCCUUCACAUGGAGAUGACUUGCCCAUGACUUUUGAUAAUUACGGCACUAGUUCAGAAAGUGAAGAGGAGGUAGACAAAUCUAAUUUUGUUAGGAACACUGAUCCUAGUAUAGGUAGUCAUAAAAGGAUUAUCAGUUCCCACCAAGCUGAAAACGGUAUUUUCACUCCACUGUCAGCUGAAGGCAUGGAAGAUACUGAACCUUCUAAAGAUUCUAGACUGGAAGAAAGUAAGGAAUUGAACCUUGGAAACUUGACAGGUGGGCUUCGAAAUAAGGGUUAUAGGCAUCUACUACCAUAUUCAAAAAUUCAGCAAGGCAAUGCUUUAUCCCCUAUAGAGGCAGCCAAUCCUCCAUCUACCAGAAGUAAGCAAUCAUCCCCUCCUGCAGCAGUGGAGGCUUCAGUUAGUUCUCGAUCUUACAGUCAAGAGCCACACAGUCAGAAAGGGGGUGUAGAAGUGAAUAGAAAACUCAGCACGAGAACAUCAGUUACUUAUGUCGAUUCUAGUGAUGAUGACUCUGAGGAGGAACAACCAAAACAAACUUUUAGUAGCACUCAAGACCAAUACGACAAAAUUCCAAGCUUUGAAGAAAAUAAAAGAUCAAGCUUAAGGGCCUCUGUCCCAUAUUUUGGUUCAGGAAAUAGUGAUUUUGAUGAGGAUCUUCCUAAAACAAGUUUAAGUGCUCGUUCAAAUGCUGGUUUUUCUCGUAGGACAAGGGCCUCUCCUUCCAAUUCAAGGAGAAGUUCCAAUCUUAAAACUACAGUUUCCUCUGAGCCACCAGUAGUUUCUGACUAUGGUAGGGAGAAGAAUUCCUCAUCAAGGAGUUAUAAUGCUGAUGAAGCUCUACCCAAGACUCAGCCUCAGAAAAAGUACUCAGAUCACUGGGAAAGUUUUCAGCAUCCUCGAUCAGCGGCACAAGCAACUUCAAAGCUGGUUUCAGAUACCAACAGGUCUUCAUUUGAUGUAAGUUUGAAAUCAUCAGAAAAGGAACAGCCAUCCACUUCUGUCCCAAAGAUUAUAUCAUCAGGUAGUGCCAAAAGUUUGAAGGCUCAAACUUCAAUUGGAGCGGGACCAUCGAGGGAGAAUGCUAGUCAUGUUCACCCAAAGCUUCCUGAUUAUGAUACCUUGACUGCACACUUAAAUUCUCUCAGACAGAAUCGCUAAUGAAUGUAGGUGCUUUUGGCAUUCUGAUAAGAUGUGUUACAUUAUCACUACUAGUUUCUAUGCGCAUGUUUAUACAGGUUCUUUUUGAGGUUUAUAGGAAUGUGAAAUAUAACAUGUCCAACUAGAAGCAAAAUAUUAUUUGUUUAUUGAUUUGUUUGAUAUACUUCUUUGUUUUGGAACUUGCUGUAAUAAAUAGAGAUUGGAGAAUCGAGUGGAAUAAGUUUCUCAGGCUGA